UUAGCUUCGCUCAGUUGCUCUUACCUGACAGCUGCGCUCAGUUGGAUCACAGUGGAAGAAUUUUCGUCCCGAUUUCUAAAUUAUUUCGUUUUAGCUCACUAUCCUGAUUGCAGUCUUGUUUUUAAGAGGCAACAGAAUCGAUAUCUGUGAUAAUAAUGUUGAGUAGCGUGGCAAACUACCUCUUUGGCUCCUACCCUGCUGAGCAGACAGAUGCCGAAAAUGACACGACUCCAAAGGCAGAGAAUGUGGAAGGCAAAACAGAGACAUUUGACGAGUGUAAGCUGACGACUUCACCGGCUGACCAAGACUGGGAACUCGUGGACAGAAUAGGUGGCAGCGCAGAAGAUAUGGAAGUUAGUCCCCUGGAGAAUCUCCUCAUAGAACAUCCUAGUAUGUCAGUUUACCAUGAGAAAUUACAUAAAAAGAUGAGUAAGGAGGGAAAAGACUCUCCAGAUUCAAGGCAGCACCUAACUACAGGCCCCGUCACACGUAGAAAAAACCGCCUAGUGGUAAAAGCUGCACAGUCGCAGCCGCCACGCCGUCCCACAGCGGUGGCAGCUAGAGCAGGAAUUCUGGCCCAAGUGCAAUCCAACAAGUCGAGCCAGCGUCAGAAGGCAAAAAUGAGUGCAAAGAAGAAUGCAAAGAAAGUUAUUGAGCGUCAGAACAGAACCAGAGAGUACAAGUCUCAAGGAAAGCACAGGAACUGCACUGAUCGCAAGACGAAUCCUAGCGGACGAAUGAACAUUCGCGCCUGUUAGUGUGGUAUAGUGUGAAGCAGGUUUGAAUUAACCCCAUGGAAAAUCUGCCCAGCCGAAAAUGUCAUCCAUCUGAUCAGACAAAUUAACAUACAUGUGAAUAAUGCUGAAUGAUACAUGUGACCUUCAAAAUUCUGUAUUGUUUGACUUGCAUAAAUGUGCUUAUGCCAGCUAGUUUAAGCAGGUGACAUUUAGCUUAUGUUGGAGCCAAUGUAUAAUUUAUCCAGAGUUUAUCCCAAAUUUUAUCACAAAUAAUAAUAUGAGCCAAUUUUAGUGUUCUAGCUUUGUCUUUUAUGUGACCUAGUACAUUUGUAGGAUUUUUGUAAAUUGUUCUCAGUAAAAAAAGACAGGAAAUUCUGAAAUCUGGCUUUUUUGCUAUAUAUUUUCAUAUAACUUAACUUACAAGUAAUUUAACCACUUAAAAUUAUGUUCAUUGCAAUUUCAUCAUAACUAUUUCUGAUAUACAUGUACAUGUACUGAUAUUUGCAUAUGUGAAGUUAAUUUGAUGUAUUUCUUGACGCUGAUGACAAAAAGUUGAAUACCAUUUAGCAUGUGUUCUUUUCUUACUUGUACAUGUAUUAUAGUAAUGAGCACAAAAAUGUAUAAUGGAGCAUAUCAUCUGGGCAGAUUUUUUAGGGUUUAGUUUAAUUCUCAAAUAAGUGUAUGAAUGGAUGUAACAAAGAAACAAUAAAAACAAUUUUAAAAAAAACAGCAAAAAAUCUUAAAAAAUAACUGAAAAAAAAAGCAACUAAGAAAGUCAAAAACCAAACUAAACUAAAAAAAAAAUUAAAAACUACGAUAAGAAACAUGAAAGCAAGAAAAAAGUAGUGUGUGUAUUUCAACUUGUUUAUGUAUAACAUAAUUGAAGCUGUAACGAGGAAUAAGAUGUUAAAAUGUGGCUGAUUCAAGACAGUAGAAAGUAGAUGUAUGGAAAGUCCAUAUCCAUUUUUUUCCUUAUUCUCUCGUGUAUAUAUAUAUGUGUGUGUGUAUAUGUAACUGAUAUUUCUGUCCUUAUUUAUUUUCUAUUUUUCUCUCUGUUGUGGUCUAAACUAAUGUAGAUCUAAGACUACGUGUAUUUUGGUUUAAGGAAAGUUAAACUUCAAAGAAAAGCAGAGCAUAUACUAUGCUUUACAUGGAGCUCCUGUGUUUGUAUGACUGAUUUUCAGCCAGUUCUUCAAAAUACUGCUAGAUGUACACUGCAUCUGCUGCUUUUUGAAUCCAUUGAAGUAGUGGGUUUUUUUUAUACUUAGUUUUGUAUUGAGUAUUUUGCCCCCAACUCUCUGUGACACUGAGGGUUUCUCUCUAUAAUUGACAACAGUGUGAUAUGUAAGCCUAUACUGUAGAAUAUUCUCUUUACACUUUGUCACUGGCUCAUCAGGUGGCCACUGAGGUUAACUAUUCUCAUGGCAUGUCAUAUGCUAGCUUCCAUUAAAUGGUUUUGUUUCGUGCAUCUACUGUUCAUGUUAAAAUACAAGUAGUAAUUAUCCUAUUUACAGGACCUCAGUACAAGAAAAGCUGUAUUAUAACUCUCCAUGCAAUGUAUCAGAGAUGUAUAUAUAUCUUUAAUUAGGACAAUAUAAUAUAUACCUGUUCAUGUUUGUAAUGAAAUCACUCAUUUAAGGUGCCAAUCUGAGAGAAAGUGGUUUUUGUUACCUGGAAUAUAGUCUACACUGACUGCUUGUGAUAUUUAAUCUAGCUAAAGUAGACUAGCCAUGAACAUAAACAAAGCCAUUUAAAAUCAAAAAUAUUGUUGUUUGUUAGUAUGUAUAUUUUGGUUCUGGUUCUGUAUUACUCUCUGUUGAGUUUUGACUGGCACAGGGCAAUCCAGGUUGUUGUACCAUAUACAAGUACUCUGGUAAAUAAGUUGCAGCUUAGUAAGCACCAUCUGAUCCAAAUUAGGCUAAUAAUGACAGUUACCAGAUGAACUAAGCCUUGACUGUGAUUAUUGGAUGCUGUAUUGUCUGCAGUUACAAGCAGUAGUUCAGC